GAAUACCCACAAAGGGCACACUCAUCACGUAAUGGUAGUUUCGUAAAAUAACUCGAACGCUAUUUUAUCAAGUUUCCCUCGAAGCUCUUCACUCACCACACUGACGAUAACAAUGUCAUCUCCUUCCCUCUUACAGUCCUCUGCAGCGGCGUCGUUUCGGGGCCAAUUCCCAAUAAUCUCAUCUCAUCCAUCCGUGAAAGUGCCGUACGGAAAUCCUAGAAAUGGCAAUGGAGUGGUGUCAGUGAGAGCCACUGGAGAAAUUGUGCUUGUGGAGAAAUCAGAAGCAGAAAAAACCUAUCGCCUCAAGACCACUUACCUCCAAAAGAUUGUUCCUUUGCUUAUGGAAGAAUUCUCCUACUCAAACAUUCACCAGGUACCAAAAAUUGAGAAGGUCGUGGUGAACUGUGGUAUUGGAGAAGCUGCGCAAAAUGCCAAGGGUUUGGAAGCAGCAAUGAAUGAUUUGGCUUUAAUCACAGGACAGAGGCCUAUCAAGACAAGAGCAAGGAACUCCAUUGCUACCUUCAAGAUCAGGGAAGGCCAACCGCUAGGCAUUGCUGUCACUCUCAGAGGAAAUGUGAUGUACUCGUUCUUAGAUCGGCUUAUCAAUCUGGGGCUUCCGAGGACAAGGGAUUUCCAGGGUGUAAGUCAAAAUAGCUUCGAUGGGCAUGGAAAUUACAGCAUUGGGAUUCGUGAUCAGAGUGUGUUCCCAGAAAUCAGGUUUGAUGCCCUUGGUAAGGCAAAGGGAAUGGACGUCUGCAUCACAACCACUGCUAAAAAUGACCAAGAAGGGCAGAAGCUGUUGGCCCUCAUGGGGAUGCCAUUUAGAGAAAGCAGCGGUACCACUGUUUUGCAGCGCAAGAAAAAGUUGAAGAAGCAUCAUUUUGAUUCAAAAUCAAGGGGGCGGCGAUGAGGGAAAAUCUUCACUUGUAUUUGGCUACUUCAAUCAGCCCAUGUACUGUUUUUGUGUACUUAUCUGCCCUCUAAUCCAAUGCAACAAUACAUUAUUCUGA